AUGGGCAAAGGUGUUGUCUCCGACGAGGAAGAGGAGAUGAUUCAUGGAGAGGACGACGACAGGUCGCUUGUUGACAACGUUGCAGUGGAUGACUCUGACGGUGGUGGUGACGAAGGUCUGGAUGAAUAUGAGAAGGAUGAUUUUCUAGUGGAUGAUGUCGAGGAAGAAGAGGAGGAGGAAGAAGGGAGGGCGGACAGUGAUGAAGAAGAAAAACAGAAGAAGAAGAAAAAAAAGAAAAGGGAGGAGUAUGUCCUUGACGACGAUGACUAUGAUCUCCUGGAGGACAACAAUGUGUAUACCUUCCGCAGAAAGGUUCUGGUUCUGUCUCAGGGGAAAUUUAAGCGACUGAAAAAAGCUCAGAGGAACUCUGAGGGGGUAUCUGAUGGGAAGACGAUUGAGCAAGCUUUAUUUGAUGGUGAAGAAGGUUAUCCGCUUGAGGACAUUGCAGAAGAGGAGGAACCAGAAGCAGAAGCCGAUGGAGAUGUUGGUGAAGAUGAUAUGGCAGACUUUAUUGUCGAUGAUGAAGAAUUUGAUGUGACUGGAUCUCCAGUGAGACAGGGGCAGUUUAAGAGAAGAAAAUCUACAAAGGCACCAGAAGUCCUAUCAUCUUCUUUGCAGGAAGCACAUGAUAUAUUUGGUGAUCCUCAACAACUGAUAGAACUUCGUAAGCAAGGUUUGGAUUCCGGCGAAUGGAGGAAUAUGAGGAUUAAAGAUCAGUUUGAACCUAGUGUUCUUUCUGAAAAGUAUAUGACAGACAAGGAUGAACAGAUACAGGCGCUUGAUGUUCCGGAAAGAAUUCAGAUAUCUGAGAAAUGCACUGGUUCUCCUCCACUGAAUGCAAAAACUAUAGAUGAUGAGAGUACCUGGAUAUAUGAUCAACUUACGAGUGGUAUAAUACCCUUCUAUGGCACGACAGACUUGGGGAAAUCUAUAAGCAGGGACGACAUCAGAAUUUUUUGGAGUUGCACCAUGUGCAAAUGUUCGAUGUUAAUUCCCUUUAUUGCUAUGUAUCGGAAAGAGGAGUGUCUAAGCUUAUUGAAAGAUCCCAAACACCUUGAAUUGGAAGACGAAAACCAGGACAAAAAUAAAAACAAACCUGAGUUAAAGUGGCACAGAUUACUUUGGACGAUUCAGGACUUGGACAGAAAAUGGCUGCUGCUUCAGAAGCGAAAAAGUGCAUUGAAAUCAUACUACAAGAAGCGGUUUGAGGUAGAAUCUCAAUGUAUAUCUGAGGAGACCAGACUCACAUUGAAUCAGCAGCUUUUUGAAUCAAUUAUGAAGUCACUUGAGGCUGCAAAAUCAGAGAGAGAAGUUGAUGAUGCUGAUGCCAAGUUUAACUUGCAUUUUCCUCCGGGCGAGGGUGGUGUGGAUGUAGGACAAUAUAAGAGGCCGAAGAGGAAAUCACUUCAUAGUAUCUGCAUCAAGGCUGGCCUGUGGCAUGCUGCAAGAAAGUUCGGCUACAGCUCUGAGCAAUUUGGACUGCAAUUAUCACUAGAAAAUAUGAGAAUGGAUGAGUUGGAGGAUGCUAAGGAGACACCAGAGGAGAUGGCUUCCACCUUUACAUGUGCAAUGUUUGAUACACCUCAAGCCGUGCUCAAAGGAGCUAGGCAUAUGGCAGCUGUUGAGAUAAGUUGGGAGCCAUGUGUCAGGAAGUAUGUUCGAAGCAAUUACUUGGAUAUAACUGAGAUAUCAACAAACCCAACACUUGAAGGAAAUGUUGCAAUAGAUGCUUCUCAUCAGUUUGCAGGGGUGAAGUGGCUGAAAACAAAGCCAUUAAAUAGAUUCGAGGACGCGCAAUGGCUGCUUAUCCAGAAGGCUGAAGAGGAGAAGCUUCUUCAAGUUACUAUUCAGCUGCCGGAAGACAGACUAAAUAAGUUGAUCAGCGACUUUAAUGAGUACUAUCUUAGUGAUGGUGUUAGUAAAUCUGCACAACUGUGGAAUGAGCAGCGGAAGCUGAUAUUGCAGGAUGCACUUUUUAAUUUCCUUCUACCUUCAAUGGAGAAAGAAGCAAGAUCCCUAUUGACUAGUAGAGCAAAACACUGGUUACGUGUGGAAUACGGAAAUGCUUUGUGGAAUCAAGUUUCUGUGGGACCUUAUCAACGGAAGGAAAAUGAUAGUAGCUCAAACAAUGAAGCUGCACCGAAGGUCAUGGCUUGCUUUUGGGGACCUGGUAACCCAGCAACCACUUUUGUGAUGUUAGAUUCAUCUGGGGAGGUGCUAGAUGUACUUUAUGCCGGGUCCCUCACUUUACGCUCCCUCAAUGCUAAUGACGAGAAGCGUAAAAAGGAUGAACAAGAACGCAUUUUGAAGUUCAUGAUUGAUCAUCAACCACACGUCGUCGUCCUAGGAGGUGUUAACUUGUCUUGUACUCGCCUGAAGGACGAUAUUUAUGAGGUGAGUUUUAUUAUGAUAAUUUAUAAGAUGGUAGAGGAGCAUCCAAGAGAUGUUGGGGCUGAUAUGGAUGGCCUAAGCAUUGUACAUGGGGAUGAAUCUUUGGCUCGCCUAUAUGAAAAUUCUCGGAUUUCAUCUGAUCAGCUACCUAUGCAGUUGCAGUCAGGCAUUGUCAAGAAGGCUGUGGCUCUUGGGCGUUAUCUUCAAAAUCCAUUGGCCAUGGUUGCCACGCUUUGUGGACCAGGACGAGAGAUCUUAUCUUGGAAUAUCAGCGCUUUUGAGCACUUUCUCACCCCGGAUGAGAAGUAUGAGGUGGUUGAACAGGUCAUGGUAGAUGUUACAAACCAGGUAGGCAUUGACCUAAAUUUGGCUAUAAGCCAUGAAUGGUUAUUUGCACCUCUUCAAUUCAUUUCUGGACUUGGACCUCGAAAGGCAGCCUCGUUGCAGAAGAUGUUGGUAGGCUUUGGUGAAGCAGUGUAUACACGAAAGGACAUGUCAAAGGACACGUCAAAUCCACCAACACUAAAGGACAAGUUCAAGCGAAAAUACGGGCUUGAUAAUAGGGUUUUUAUUAAUGCUUGUGGUUUCCUGCGUGUUCGGCUGAGUGGGUCGGCUGGUAGCAGCUACGCCGAUAUUGAUCUGCUGGAUGAUACCAGAAUCAAUCCAGAAUCUUAUCAACUUGCAGAACAAUUGGCGAAAGAUGUUUAUGAUGUGGAAGGUCGCAAUGAUGAUGAUGAUGUGGUGGGGUUCGUCAGGGAGCAUCCUAAAUAUCUAAAAAACAUCGAUGUUGAAGAAUAUGCUAAAAGCAAACGGUGUGAGAAAAAGAUAAUUACAUUGUACGAUAUAAGGAGAGAAUUAAUACAGGGUUUUCAGGACUGGCGUAAAAAAUAUGAAGAACCAACCCAGGAUGAAGAAUUCUACAUGAUUACAGGAGAAACGGAGGAUACCCUCGCCGAAGGAAAAUUUGUGCAGGCCACAGUUCGCAGGGUGCAAGUUGAUCGUGCACAACUUGCUCUUGAAUGUGGAUUGACUGGUAUUCUUAUGAAAGCAGACUAUAAUCCAGAUGAUUGGAGGGGUAUUUCUGACUUGUCUGACAGAUUGAAUGAGGGUGAUAUUCUCACUUGCAAGAUCAAAUCAAUUCAAAAGAAAAGUUACCGGGUGUUCCUGGCUUAUAGAGAGAGCGAGAUUAGAAAUGACCGAUCUCACAUUCAGAAUCUUGAUACCUAUUACCAAGAAGACUGGAAAAGUUUACAAAGUGAGCAAGAAAAAGCUCAGAAGAGUAUGCAGCUUGAAAAGAAGAAUUUCAAGCCAAGGAUGAUCAUUCAUCCUCGCUUCCAGAAUAUAUCUGCAGAUGAAUCGAUGAGGUUAUUGUCUGAUAAGGAUCCUGGGGAAAGCAUUUUUCGUCCUAGUUCCGGUGGGCCUUCUCAUUUAUCCUUAACUCUCAAGAUUUAUGAUGGAGUUUAUGCUCAUAAAGACAUAGUUGAAGGUGGAAAGGAAAAGAAGGACAUUACGAGCAUACUCCGUAUUGGAAAGACCCUGACCAUUGGGGAGGACACUUUUGAGGAUUUGGACGAGGUGGUGGAUCGUUAUGUUGAUCCAUUAGUGGCUCAGUUGAAGGCAAUGCUAAAUUAUCGAAAGUUCAGAAGGGGAACAAAGGCAGAGGUUGAUGCUCUUUUGAAGAUUGAGAAAUUGGAGAAUCCUGCGCGGAUAGUUUAUAGUUUUGGUGUAUCACAUGAAUAUCCAGGCACGAUAAUUCUGACCUAUAUUCGGAGUUCAAAUCCACACCACGAGUUAGUUGGCAUGUAUCCAAAGGGAUUCAAGUUCAGAAAACGGAUGUUUAAGAAAAUUGAUCAGCUUGUAGAGUAUUUUCAACGCCAUGUCAAUGACCCUCCGCAAGAGUUAGGGCCACCAAUUAGGUCAGUUGCUGCUAUUGUGCCAAUGCGACGCCCUGCAACUCGGGGUUCUUCAGGGGCAUCCGUGGGCAGUGGUUGGGGUGGUUCAACCAAUGAUGGUGGGCGGAGAAGCCAGUCUUCUGGCAGGGAUCGAUCAUCUACAUCGAGUUCAAGAACAGGCCGAAAUGAUAUGGGCAACUUUCCCGGUGCAAAGGUUCAAAACUCACCGGGAAAGGAAGCUUUCCCAGGUGGCUGGGGUACCGGUGGAAGUGGAAGUGGCAGUGGCAAUGGCUGGGGUGGCAAGAGCAAUGACGGAUGGGGUCAAGGAAGUGGUGGUGCAUAUGGAGAUGUUGUUGAUCCUAGGGCUUCAGGAUGGGAUUCUGACCCAAAACGAAGAAGGUUCAGAUAA